UAUGCCUUGUUAUUUACUUUCUUAGUGGUUUCAAAAUCCACUUCAAGUGAACCAACAAGUUCCACUCCAUCCAUUCAAGGUAACAUUCAACUGCAAAUUAACUUUCCAAACUUUUCAUUUUAUUCAUAUUUGAACUCGUAAUACACUAGUAGCUAUUAAAAAAAUCUUUCAAAACUAACACGAGUUCAGCUUAUAAACUUACUAUCCGAUUACAUACAAUACUUUGCUACACGGAGAGUUAGAUGCUGCACGGUCCAUGAAUUUUCUUUAGGACAAGAGUGAAGAAAGGAGGAAUAGGGAAGAAUGUUUUGAUUUUUGAAUUUUGGAGACGAGUCAGUAUUUACAAAGUCCGAGAGUAUUUCUUCCUGUUCAAAAAUAAGUUUAGUACUGAUUCUUUUGUGAAUUCAUUUGCUAGCACACAUAACUAUUCCUUUGCCAUUUUACACCUACAAAGAUAAUUCACAGUAUUUCAACAUCCAUCUCGUUUGUUUUUCACUCCUCAGUUGCUAUUAUUAAUAAAAUCUUUCAAAACUGACGCGAAUUGUUGUUAGCUUACUAUCCUAUUACCAAGUUAACACACAGUACUUUGUUACAUGGCGAGUUACAUGAUGCACGCCCCAUGACUUCUGUUUAGGACGAGAGGAAUAUUAGUGUAUGCUUCUUGUAAAAAAAUAAGUUUAGCACUGAAUGAUUCUUUUGUCGAUUCAUUUGCUUGCACACAAAUUCCUUUGCCAUUUUACACCUCAAGCGUAACAUUAAAGGAAUGACAGAGAUAACUCACAGUAAAUUACACCCAGCUCAUUUGUUUUUCGCUCCUCAGUUGCUCCCUCAGUAAGAGUGAAUUCCCAGAGCACCACUGUCGAGGAAGGAGGGAAUGUGAUAUUUACCUGCACUGCAGCAGGUCAACCACAGCCUGUGAUCACGUGGAACAAGUCAGAAGGAUUAUUACCCCACUCAAGGAUCAUCAUACGUGAUGCAGAGCUCACUAUUCUGAAUGUGAGUGUAGCUGACGGUGGGUUGUACGUUUGUACUGGUACAAACGCAUUAGGGUCUAAUUCAUCAGUUGUGGAGCUAAACGUCAUGCAACUGUCAACUGACUUGUCAUCGUCUUUGCUAGUUUACAUUGGCCAAAACAACAGAGUUCUUUGUCCUGUCCCAACAAGUCAGCACUCAAUUGUCCUGUGGAUGUAUAACAAAACUUCAACUCUCCCUGAUGGAGUGGUCAUCGAUGAAUCCAAAGUCUUAAAAAUAUCCUCUGCUAAAAUAUACCACGGUGGAAAUUAUGCAUGUGUCGUGCGUAACUCGAGUAGCUCGGAAACUUGGACAACCGCAAGAGUUACUGUCCAUAUAGGGUAUCCUGAGACAUGCAGCAGUGUGAAAACAAAUGUAACUGACGUCAGUGGUCAUUACGUCAUCGAUUCUGAUGGUGUCGGUGGCACGGCUCCGUUUGAUGUCUACUGUAACAUGACCGACAAAGGAGGCAUUGGCGUGACAAUUGUCAGUCAUGACACAGAAAACAGAACCUAUGUGGACGGUUGCGACGAGGAAGGAUGCUACAAACGCAACGUGACAUACAUGGGAGCCAGUCUCUCCCAGCUAACAGCUCUAACAGAUGCCUCUUUACAUUGUGAGCAGUUUAUCAGCUAUGAAUGUUUUGAUGCCAAGCUCCUUCAUAAUGGGAAGGGCUGGUGGGUGUCACGUGAUGGCGUAAAAAUGAAAUAUUGGGGUGGCGCUGUUAAUAUGGAAGGCUAUUGUGCAUGUGGCGUGACACAAACCUGUGUUCAAGAACAUAAAAAAUGCAACUGCGAUGCAAAUGAAGAAAUUUGGCAUGAAGAUAGCGGACUACUCACGGACAAAACUCACCUUCCAGUUUCCCAAUUAAGGUUUGGAGACACGGGACAGGAACAUGAGGAAGGAUAUCACAUCCUAGGCAAGCUUAAAUGCUUCGGUACAGCAUGAAUAUGGUUUUAUACAGAAAUAGCCUGCAGAGCAGGCGAGAUUGUUUCGAGCGAGCGCUCACAUCGUAAAAAGUUUAGCUGCCACCUUGAAUUUUUC